GCGCGCCCAGGUGCGGACGCCGCGCGCGGGGCGCCUCCGCGGGGGACCCAAGGGCGCCGGGGCGCUCGGGCCAGGGCUCCCCGGGGCUGCGCCUCUGCACGCCCCCCCCCGCCCCCGAGGAGGAGGAGGAGGAGCUGCGGGGAACAGCAAAUCAUUAUAACUUCAAAGCAUCUUAGAAACUUUGAACUGUGCUAAAACUUAGGAGAUGGACAAUUUUUUCUUGCCUUUCAUUUGAAAGGAUUUAACGAAGAGAAUAAAAUGGCAGAGGUUUAAAGUUAAUAUUCAGGAUGAAUGAUGAUAAUUCAGAUGAGAAGACAGAAGAUGAACUGCAUUCCUUAUUUAUGAGUGACAAAAACGGAAACGCAUAUGCAUUCAACCCAAAAUCUCCACAUACACAAAACUCUUCAGCCAGUAAUGUGAAUUGGAAUUCCGCCAAGCCUGAUGACAUGGUGGUUGAUUACGAAACCAACUCUGCUGUAGACAUUGACAAAAAUGUUGCUUUAACCCCUCCGUGUUUGGAAGUACUUGAUUGCCAGAAGUCUUCAAGUGAGUUGAUUGGUAGGGAGGUGUUAGAUCUCCAUAAAGAUUCGGCACUUCAGUCUUACGCACAUGUUGUAAGUACAGAGGAGCCCAAGUACCUGUCUAACAGUUGUCAUUCCCUAGAAUCCUUUCAGGACCAGAGUGCUAAGACAGCUCUGCCUUUCGUGUGGAAACCCAACAACGAGGAUUUGUACUACGCAGACUGUCCUGCUGCCUUGGAGCUAAACCAAACAUUUGACAUGACAGUGGAUAAUGUUAACUGUACCUUUAUAACACGUCAUGCCAUUGGAAAGGAUCAGUCUUUGCAUACCCCUGGAAAUCUGCAGCCAACCAGCACAAGGAGUGGAAAUCCAUCUUUAUCCUGUUCCAUUCAUACAUCUUCCCAUUCUGCUGAGGUACAUGUGAGAGAAAUGAAUUAUGAUCAAGACCGCUUUGAAAACACACAAGCCCCAGCAGCAGAGGCCCAAGACACAACUUACACAUUGUUUUCUGAUGUGAUGCAAACUGAUAGUGGUGUUCCAGAUACUGGCAAUCAGUGUCAGUAUUCGUCAGGACAGGUCACCAGUGACUACACAGAUGGGUCACAGAGAAGAGUGGUUGGCGAAAAAGAGAUACAAGCUCAAACACCAGUUUCUGAGGGCAUGGAUGUUCCCUAUGGGUCUGUAUUACAAGAGUUCUUUUGUUUAUCUAAAGAUGAACCAAAUAGUGAGACACAUUCACAGAGCUCAUAUGGGCAAAAGGAAAUGGGCCAAAAUCUAAGAGAAACAGUGUCCAAUUCUCUUAGGGAUGAUGAAUGCCCUUUACUGGUGCCAGCUUUUGAUAAAAAUGAAGCCCAGCUACUGAACCCAGAACGCAAAGUCACUGUGGCUGAAGACACACAAAACGCCUCUAAUGAAAAGGAUUUGGAAACCCAAAAUCGUACCACAGAACUGAUCUUGAGUAGCCCAACGGGACAAAAGAUGGCUUCAUCAGUUGAAUUGAGUUGGGAUGCAAAUGAUACGGUCAUUAGCACAAAUCACACAAAUCGCAUGUCAACGCCAAUCUUAGAUUCCCCAAAUGCAACCUUUUCUAUUUCACCUAUUGAAGCGACCAAGAAAUGUAGUAAAAUGGAGAAGAGUCAUCGAGAGCUUAGAAAUUUACCAAACUUGAAGGGGGCACCGAUGACCAUGUCUAAGCCUAAUCUAGGAAAAUUGACAUCUAAAAUAAAUACCCCUAUAGGGAGCAAAGUUAGAAAAACCGAAAUUAUAAGUUACCCAAGACCAAACUUCAAGAAUGUCAAAGCAAAAGUUGUGUCUAGACCAGUGCUGCAGUCCAAAGACCCUGCUUUAUCAAAGGUCACCCCCAGUCCUCAGUUAACCAAUGCCUCACCACCCUCAUCUCUCUCUUCAAGACAGUUGACAGCUUUGAGCAAAACCCCAAGGUCUGACUUGAAUGCAGAUACAAAAGCAGAAAUCCUAAUUAACAAGACGCAUAAGCAGCAAUUUAAUAAACUCAUUACUAGCCAGGCUGUACAUGUUACAACUCAUUCUAAAAAUGCUUCACACAAGGUUCCAAGAACAACAUCUGCCAUGAAAUCGAAUCAGGAAGAUGUUGACAAAGCAAGUUCUAAUUCAGCAUGUGAGACCGGGUCCGUGGCUCCCUUUUUCCAGAAGAUUAAAGACAUACUCCCUGUUAAAAUGGAAAGCACAGAAUGUUUGGAAAUAACAUAUGCCUCCAGCAUUGAUAGGAUUAGCCCUGAAAAGAAGGGUGAAAAAGAAAAUGGGACACCUAUGGAAAAACAAGAGCUAAAAAAGGAAAUUAUGAAUGAGACCUUUGAAUACGGUUCUAUGUUUUUGGGUUCUGCUUCAAAAACUGCAGCCACAUCAGGUAGGAACAUAUCCAAGCCUGACUCCUCCAAUUUAAGGAAAACAUCUGGUUCAAAAGCCAAAGUGGGGCCUUCUGUUUCCUGUUUGAGGCGGAAUAGUGACAGUAGAAAUCUCAAUUCUGAUCGGGCCUUAUCUCCACAGAGGAUCAGGCGUGUGUCCAGUUCUGCUGGUAAUGCCGCUGUCAUCAAGUACGAAGAAAAACCUCCCAAACCAGCAUUUCAGAAUGGUUCCUCGGGAUCCUUAUAUUUAAAGCCUUUGGUAUCCAGAGCUCAUGCACACUUACUAAAAACUCCUCCGAAAGGUCCCGCAAGAAAAAACCUAUUUACAGCUUUUAAUGUGGUUGAAAAGGGCAGGCAAAAGAAUCCCAGAAGUUUGUGUAUCCAGACACAGACAUCUCCAGAUGUGCUAUCCUCUGAAAAAACACUUGAGUUGGCCCAGUAUAAAACAAAAUGUGAAAACCAAAGUGGAUUUAUCCUGCAUCUCAAGCAGCUUCUUUCCUGUGGCAAUAUCAAGUUUGAAGCAUUAACAGUUGUGAUUCAGCACCUACUCUCUGAGCGGGAGGAAGCACUGAAACAACACAAAACCCUAUCUCAAGAACUUGUUAACCUUCGAGGAGAGCUAGUCACUGCUUCAUCUACCUGUGAGAAAUUAGAAAAAGCCAAGAAUGAGUUGCAAAUAGCUUAUGAAGGAUUUGUCCAGAAGCUGAACCAGCAGCACCAGACCGAUCUAUCAGAGCUAGAGAAUCGGCUUAAAGAAUUUUACACCGGGGAAUGUGAAAAGUUCCAGAAUAUUUAUAUUGAAGAAGCAGAGAAGUAUAAAACUCAAUUGCAAGAGCAGUUCGACAACUUAAAUGCUGCCCAUGAAACUUCUAAGUUGGAGAUUGAAGCUAGCCACUCAGAGAAGAUUGAAUUACUAAAGAAGGCCUAUGAAACCUCCCUUUCAGAAAUCAAGAAAAGCCAUGAAAUGGAAAAGAAAUCACUUGAGGAUAUGCUUCACGAAAAGCAGGAAUCGCUGGAGAAACAAAUCAAUGAUCUGAAGAGUGAAAAUGAUGCUUUAAAUGAAAAGUUGAAAUCAGAAGAACAAAAAAGACUAUCAAGAGAGAAAGCAAAUUUAAACCCUCAGCUCAUGUAUCUGGAGCAAGAGUUAGAAAGCCUGAAAGCCGUGCUGGAGAUCAAGAAUGAGAAACUACAUCAACAGGACAUCAAGUUAAUGAAAAUGGAGAAACUGGUGGACAACAACACCGUGCUGGUUGACAAACUGAAGCGAUUCCAGCAGGAGAAUGAGGAAUUAAAAGCUCGGAUGGACAAGCAUAUGGCAAUUUCAAGGCAACUGUCCACCGAGCAGGCCGUUCUGCAGGAGUCUCUGGAGAAGGAGUCCAAAGUCAACAAGAGACUGUCCAUGGAGAACGAGGAGCUGCUGUGGAAGCUGCAUAAUGGGGAUCUGUGCAGCCCCAAGCGGUCCCCCACGUCUGCCGCUGUCCCCUUCCAGUCCCCAAGGAACUCCGGCUCCUUCCCCAGCCCCAGCAUCUCACCCAGAUGACGCUUUCUGGAAACCAGGAGACUGUCCGAAAGCAUCUGUACAGUUCUGCGGGACUGACCCUCACCAUGCUCACGGGAGCAAGAGCUACAGUGGUGGACGUGUGAUGCCCACGCUGGGACUGGAGGGUCGCCACCCCCGAGGCUCCAUAGGAGACUGGAAUGCUGCAGGAAGACUUGCACCCAGCCCAAGAGCCUCCUCCCCAAAGAUCUCCGAACGGAUCUACAUGGACACCGUUGCACAAAGCACUUAAAGAAUGAGAGGGUCUUGUUCAUUGCCUUUUUCACCUAAGCAUAAGGGGAAAAAACUCUCAGGGGCCUGUUAAGAUUUAUAACCUUUAUAAUGUUCGUCACCACAGACACCUUCUUGUGAUUUUUACUUUGGUCUGACUGGGGAUGUAUGAAUGAAAUGGAUGCCCGGAGUGUCGUGUGUCUGACGCUGUCUCCUUUGCUGUGUACUCAAAGUCAAACGCGUAUAUCUGGGUAUGUACUAAUCAAAUAAUAGCGUACGCAUUUCUGCAAAAGCCAUAGAAGGAGGAGCAAUAGUUGCUUGGAUCAAGAUUCUCUAGCACCAACUCAGCUCAAGCCCUUGACAGUGGGGAGCAGUAAUGACAGGAAAGGCUUUGACUUGUCCGCGUCUACACAGUUCUGUAUCCUUCUGGAGUAACUUGGCAGUGUUUUGGUGUUGAACCAUGUCAAUUGAUGCUACUUAGAUUUUUUUUCUGUAGAUUUGUAACGUACCCAUGUGAACCUAACGAGUCUACAAUCUAUUUUCUCAGGCUAUGAGCAAAUAUAGAACCCUAACUUUUCUAAAAAUCUGUAUAAAGAAAAACGGCAGCACCAGUGGAUUUGCUUCUGCCUUACUUUGAUCUAUGCCCACAGAUUGAAACUAUCUGCUCUCCCAUCAUCCUCAUCCCCCCCCUUCCUCUUCUCCACACCUCCUCCCCCACCACCCCACCUCUCAGCAGAGCCACAAAGGCAAACCUUCUACCUCCUACCUACUUUUCUCUGGGACAAGGAAUAUGCUUUUCCAGAGCCAGCUCGUCAUCAAAGUGCCAAAACCACUUUCCAAACAAACCAAGGCCUGGCUCUCAUAGAACACAUUUUGGGAAACCCUAGAGAGGAUGAAGAAUAAGUCAUUAGCUAUGGUAGGAUUGCACGCUUACUGAUGCGUAGCAACAGCCUGUUUCAGGCAGUGAUGCAGUAUUUAAAAAAUAAAAUAAAAAAUUGGGGGGUGGUGGAGGAAGAUAAUGCUAAGUUUCCAUGUACCCUUUGAGGAAUCCUGCCAUGAGAAAGUAGCAGAAUAGUCAAUGAAUAGAAAAUAUGUAGUAUACACAGCUCUGAGUUAUAUUUCAGUUUUUUUUCAGAACUUAUUACCGAGUUAUAUUUCAGUUUCUUUUCAGAACGUAUUACCUCCCCCAGUUCUAAUAGUUUGGAGGGAAGUAGAAGGAAGAAUUGUGGCUUUAUCUCCUUCUCCCUGCAAGUCAGUAUUUACUAACCUGUGUUGCUGAGGUCCAGUGGCUGUACAAGUGACCCCUAUAGUGUAGUAACAGUCAGGAUACUAGAGGUGGAUAUUUGAGUCCUCAUUUACACACACACACUACAUAGCGAACUGAUAUUCAUGGUGCAUGGUGGGAUGCAUGGUGGUUUUAUUAGUGACUGUGUCUGAAGCCUUGAACCUCCAACAGCUUCUUAUGUAUAUAACCUUCUAUGUUUGCUUCUGAUAAAUGGGAAUCUGGGUUCACUGCUGCCUCCUGGAAUAUCUCUCUGCCUGCCCUUCUGGGUUGUUUUCAAUGCCAUUAGCCAAAGUUGGGUUUGCCAUCUCCUACACAUGGGAAAUCUUGUGCUGUUCCUUGCUGUCCUCCAUACUGUUUAGGUGUCUAGGGGAAAUCAAUCUCACACAAUUAGUACAAAAUGUCUUCAGAUAAUGGGAGACAACAGGAGAGUAGAUAGGAAACGAGACUGAGAACUUUAAGAUUUUUUUCCAAACCAAAUGUUUUUCACGUAGGAUGCAAAAUGUUGGCACGUCAUAAAAAUAUGGAUGUGUAAACUAGUUGUGCUCAGUUUGUAGUGAUGGAAAAUGUAUUUUACUUUGAUCAAAUAAAUAAUGCUGGAAUAUUCAAUAUAA